AUGAAUCUCACACGAGUGUUUUUUCUCGCAUGUGUUCUGGGCUGCUUUCUGCGUUCAGGGCUCAGUCGGAUUCAUACAAAUCAAUGGCAUGUCCGAAUGCACCAAAGCCUACCUGAUGUGACAAAAGCGGCCCGUGAACUCGCCAAGCGUUAUGGAUUCGUACUGCAUCCGCGCCCACCGCAUUUGCCACCGAACGAGUUCCUGUUCGUGCAUCAUGGACUUCCCCACGGGCAUAGCCGUCCAAGCCCAGCGCACACACAGCUGUUAAACAACCAUCCCGCGGUGCAUUCCGUUCAACAACUGGACGGAUUCAUUCGGAAAAAGCGAGGCUACAAACCUUUGGACGAUGAAAGCUUAACCCGAAUUCCACUUCGUCCAGUUCGAAAACUAAACAAACAGGAGGCAAGUAUUGCAAAACAUCUUCAAGAAACUGAUCCAUUGUUCGCUAAAGAAUGGUACCUUUAUAAUACCGGUCAAGCAGAUGGUGUGCCGGGAUUAGAUUUAAAUGUUUUAGCCGCAUGGGCUCAGAAUGUGACUGGACGAGGAGUGAUCACUGCAAUCAUGGAUGAUGGGAUAGAUUAUUUGCACCCAGAUUUGGCACCAAAUUACGCAGCGGAAGCAAGCUAUGAUUUCUCCAGUAACGAUGCAUUUCCAUACCCUCGAUAUACGGACGAUUGGUUCAAUAGUCAUGGGACGCGUUGUGCUGGUGAAGUUUCCGCAGUUGCUGGAAAUCAUAUCUGCGGUGUUGGGGUGGCUCCGGGGUCAAGAGUGGCCGGCUUAAGAAUGUUGGAUCAACCGUAUAUGACUGAUCUCAUUGAAGCAGCCGCUAUGGGUUAUGCUCGUGAUAUGGUGGAUAUCUAUUCAGCCAGUUGGGGACCGACUGAUGAUGGGACUACGGUUGAUGGACCACGAAAUCAAACUAUGCGAGCUCUGGUUGACGGUGUGAACAAUGGUCGUGGUGGCAAGGGAAGUCUUUACGUUUGGGCGUCAGGAGAUGGUGGGCAAAACGAUGACUGUAAUUGUGAUGGAUACGCAGCCAGCAUGUGGACAAUAAGUAUCAAUUCGGUCACCAAUGAUGGUCACACAGCUGUGUACGAUGAAUCGUGCGCGUCCACAUUAGCUUCCACAUUUUCCAAUGGUAAGAAACCGUUCCGUCGAGACGCGGGUGUCGCAACCGUGGAUCUGUAUGGAAACUGUACAACACGUCAUUCCGGAACAUCAGCUGCUGCCCCCGAAGCAGCUGGUGUGUUUGCGUUGGCACUAGAGGCAAAUCCUGAGCUGACUUGGCGUGAUGUACAACAUUUGACUGUGGUCACUUCAAAACGGAACCAUUUGUAUGAUCGUGAACACACGCACAAUUGGACCAUUAAUGGUGCUGGACUUGAAUUUAAUCACCUGUUUGGUUUCGGAGUACUAGAUGCGGGUGAUAUGGUUCGCCUGGCCAAAAAAUGGAAAACCGUCCCAGAAAGAUUUCAUUGUAUUGCUGGUAGCUUUGUUGGACGAAAAACCAUUCGACUGUUGGAACCGGUUGAGGUGGAAUUGAAUACCAAUGCGUGUAAAGGAAAUCCGGAAAAUCAGGUAAAUUAUUUGGAACACGUACAAGCAUUUGUGACUCUUCGAGCAAGUCGUCGGGGAGACCUAACUAUUUUUAUCACCUCUCCAAUGAAUACCACGUCAAUGCUGUUACGUAGACGCCCGAAAGAUGCCGACAGUAUACGUGGAUUCACCAAAUGGCCAUUCAUGACCACACACACGUGGGGUGAGAAUCCGCGUGGUAAUUGGCGUCUACGAAUCGCUCUAGAUCCACGCUCGAAAGAUGCCUUGGGUCAUGCUACUCUGACCGAGUGGAUUUUGGUGCUUCAUGGAACUCGUGAUCCGCCGUAUGCUCACUUCCCGGACGACAUAGAUCAUAUUGCGCCCAAACUGGGCGUAAUUAAGCGACAACACGAAACCGGUCGUUUCAGUGUCUGA